AUGACACAAACAGAUCAAUUUAAGCUUCAAUUCUUCCAUUUAUAUGAUACAAUAUAUAAAUUUCGUCAUGCAAUAAUAAAUUUACUUGAACAAAACAAAUUUACAUCACUUGCUGAUCGUCUUCAAAUAAUUCAACAAUUAUCAUCUGAUAGCGAUGAUAAUAAUAAUAAUAUGACAGAGGAUUUCAUUAAAAAUUCCGAAUGCGUACUGAAAGAUACAGUUAAAGUUUUACAAACAUGUAUAACAACGCUAGUAUCUACAGUCAAUGAAUAUCAAAGAAAAGAAAAAGAAAUUAAACACGAAUUAGAACCAAUUGCAGAAACUUCUGUAGUUGAAACUCAACAAUCAUCAAUUCCUCAAGAAAAUGAAUUCACAAUUAUUGAUUUAACAACUAAAUAUGAACAUGUAACAAAAGUUUUAAAUCAAACAAAUAAAACAUAUGAAGAAAAAUUAAAUCAAAAUCAAAGUGUGAUUCAUGAUGAACAAAAAUUAAUUAAAAGUCUUCGACACGAAUUAACUCAUCUUCAAAAACGUCUAGCAAAAAUUGAAGCUGACGGAAUUAUUGAACCAAGUAUUAUGUUUACUCGUCUUGAUGCUGAACGAAAUGAAAAAACACUUCAACAAGCAGUUUAUAAAGGAAAAGUACAAGAAACAACAUACAGUGAAUUAAACGAAGCAAUGACAGAUUAUAUUAGUUUACCAUCUCAGCAAUUCAGUAAUCUUGUUAAACGAUAUAUUCAAUAUCAGAAAGCAGUGGAAAUUGAACAUCGUAUUGAAAGUUAUGCUUUUGAUAAUGAAACAAAAAAUGUCUUAGAAAAAAUGGGAUCAUUACAUGAACGACGUUCAACUCAAAUAGGAAAAUGUAUAUCAGAUAUUCGUCAACAACGUGCUAAUUUAGCAAGAACACUAACAGAAAAAUUUGAUCAUUUGGAAGAUGAAUCUAGUAUAUUUUUAAUACGCCCAAUUUUUUCAUAUCAAGGACGAACUGCUACUCAAUCUUAUAUGAAAUACGAAAAACUUCGACGAGAAGCAUUAUUAAGGGAAAAUGCAACAAAAAAACAUCAUCCUAGUCGACAAUCAUUACAAUCACAAUAUACAAGUAGUCAAAAGGUUAGAAAGCAACAAAUACCGACACAAAUAUCAUCAAUUAGCUCAUCAGAUGAUGAAGAACCACAUUUUAAUAUCGAAAAAAGUUUUGUUCUAUCUCCAGCAUUAUCAGCUGAUCAGCAGAAUAAUUCAACUGGGAGUAAUAUUGAUACUGAACAAAAGCCUAUAAAAUUAAAUGAAUUAACUCGAUUACAAGAAUUUGAUAUUCAACGAGCAUUAAUGCCAAUGACUCAUGCAAGUACAUCACUUUUAUCUGCUUUUACUAAUAAUGGAAUUGAUCCAUGUGUGCCAUCAUUGAAUUUACGUUCUUAUGUUGCUUUAUCAAGACCUGGUAUUGGUAAUGCACGAACGAGAAAACCAAGUGAAACUUUAACUCGUAUUUCAAGAGAAGGUCUUUUUACUGUAUCAGCAAAAAGUCACGAAAGAAAUCCUCGUACACCCUUCAAUUCCAGUGCUGGUGAUGUAAAACGAACAAGUCCACCUUUACCACCGAUUAAGCGAUCAUUAAUUUCAAAUAUCUCAUCUACUAUUAAUGAAAAACAAUAUGGCGGAUUUAUUUCAUCUCGUAGUACAAAUGAAGUUUCUACUACUAAUUAA